ACACAUGCAUCACUUCCAAAUUAUUAUUUAUACAAGCCUCAAAUAUUUAAUUAAAUUUUAGCCCAAUUGAAAAAUGGGUACGGACAAAUUUCAGUUGAUUUUAACUACCUUUACCAUACACGAUAUUUGAAAUUGGUGGAGACAUUCUCGAAACAAAGAAAGUGGUAAAGACUCUCUAUUAAAUGAAGAAAAACAAAAUUUGAAUGAAAUAAUUUUGAGAAAAUGGAGAUUGGUUCAUCUUCGAUUGGGCGGUGCUCCAAGGAGCAUCAGAAGUUGUAUCAAAUUUGGUUCUCUUGCGCUGAUUCUGAUGGUGAUGGGCGUAUCACGGGAACCGAUGCUCAGAAAUUCCUCUCCAUGUCUAAUUUGAGUCGUCAAGAUCUCAAGCAGGUUUGGUCAAUUGCUGAUUCGAAGAGGCAAGGUUAUCUUGGAUAUGAUGAAUUCGUUGUAGCAAUGCAGCUCAUGUCUUUGGCACAAGCUGGCCAUAAUAUAACCAAUGAUAUUGUGAAUGAUACUCAAGUUGAUUAUGAGAACCUGCAACCACCCACCAUGGAAGGUCUUCAAACCCUUCUUGUCACGAAACGGAGUCAAAGCGCGCGCUACCCUUCGCCUGAGCGGAUCAGUGGCAAUCAACUGCAGCAUUCAUCUUCUGGAAGUUGGUUUUCUAAAACCGGAAAGAUGUCGUCGAAGCCGGUGACUUCAAUUGUGGAUGGACUGAAGAAUCUGUACAUCAAGAAGCUAAAGCCCCUGGAAGUGACCUACAAGUUCAAUGAAUUUGUUUGUCCUCUACUGACAAGUAGCGAUUUUGAGGCGAAGCCAAUGGUGAUGCUACUUGGCCAAUACUCCACAGGCAAGACCACAUUCAUCAAGCAUCUCAUGGGAUGUACUUAUCCUGGUAAUUCAUUUCCUAGAUUCAUUUCAUUUCAUCAUCCAUUGGUUUGUUUGUUUCUAGCUACUCAACUUUUGAGUCUGGUUACAGGAGCUCAUAUCGGUCCAGAGCCCACGACAGACAGAUUCGUAGUGGUUAUGAACGGAGCUGAUGACAGAAGCAUUCCAGGCAACACCAUUGCUGUUCAAGCAGACAUGCCUUUCAGCGGCCUUCAAUCCUUCGGAACAGCUUUUUUAUCCAAAUUUGAGUGCUCACAGCUCCCCAAUCCUUUGCUGGAGCACAUCACCUUUGUGGACACCCCGGGAGUCCUCUCUGGGGAGAAGCAACGCACGCAGAGAAGCUACGACUUCACAGGUGCCAUUUCCUGGUUCGCCAUCAAGUGUGAUCUCAUCCUACUCCUGUUCGACCCUCACAAGCUUGACAUCAGCGACGAAUUCAAGCGCGUCAUUGAAUCUCUCCGUGGUCAUGAUGAUAAGAUACGCGUCGUCCUCAACAAGGCCGACCAAAUUGAUACACAACAACUUAUGCGGGUAUAUGGUGCCUUAAUGUGGUCUCUAGGCAAAGUCUUGAAUACUCCUGAAGUUAUGCGUGUUUAUAUUGGCUCCUUCAACGACAAGCCUAUAAACAAUGCUGCAGCCGGUCCCCUCGGGGAAGAGCUCUUCCAGAAAGAACAAGACAACCUUCUCAAUGACUUGAAAGACAUACCUAAGAAGGCUUGUGAUCGUCGAAUAAAUGAGUUUGUGAAACGUGCUCGUGCUGCUAAGAUACAUGCCUUGAUCAUUAGUCAUCUCAGGAAUGAGAUGCCUGCAAUGAUAGGCAAAGCUAAGACUCAGCAAAGGCUCAUCGAUAAUCUGGCCAUUGAAUUUGCAAAGGUUCAGAGAGAGCAACAUCUACCGCUGGGGGAUUUCCCGAAUGUGGAUCAAUUUAGAGAGAGAUUGAGCGGAUACAGCAUAGACAAGUUUGAGAAGUUAAAACCAAAAAUGAUUCAGUGUGUUGAUGAAAUGCUUGCUUAUGAUAUCCCACAGCUUCUUAAGGAUUUCCGAAAUCCUUACGAUUAGACUUUCCAAAUGUUUCACAGUGUGUUAUGUGUAUAAAUUGACAUGUAAUGGCAUACAUUGUUUCAAAAUAGAUCAAAAUAUCAAUUGGAAUACAUGGCUUGCCACAAAACA